UUCAGCAUUGUGGGGUCCCAGGACUCACAGGACAUGUGUGUGAAGGUGAGCAGGGGCCUGGAACUGCACCCUGAUGGCCUGCUGGCAUCAGUGGGACUGUCAGUCUUGAGCUACAGGAGAGUGUUUGCACAGAAAUUAGGAACAUGGGGGCUUUAGGCUCUCUAAAUGGAUCAUCUAGAAUGAAGCCCUUGUGAGAAGGCCUCAGUUCAUACCCUGCCCUGCAUCAUUUUCAGGAAGAGCCCUUUUUCAGUAUUAAAUAUAAUGCUAUAGGGGAGCACCCUCUGAUGUCCCAGUUCCCAGGUAUGUGAAAAACCCAAACUACUUAAAGCUGAUCAAGAUGUUAAUUUUCAGAAGCUAGCUUAACCCUUAUGCAUUUACCAGCAGUGUUGCAAUGCCUGUUCUUGAAGCCAUUUUUAUAGACCUCUGGAACUGCAAUGGCUGGAACACUUUGUCCUGGACCAAAGACUGAUUGUUAAAGACUGUUAAAAGUUGUUGGUUAGAGACUGAUAGAUGUAGUGGGUUUAGAGGUACUGCUGGGAUGCUGGUAAAUCUUCACAGCAGAUAACAAGUAUUCUUAUGACCAUUCAUAUGGUCAAUGUCUCCAGUGGUAGUUGCCUAAUCUAAUUGAAACUUAGAGUAAGUCACUUUGAGCUUGGUGUAGCUGCAUCUGAGGGCUGACUGCCACAGGCUCUUUAUGUAAAUUUGAGAAAAACAGUCUGUUUCUCUGAGUCUGUUCUUUAAUUUCUAUGUAUGUAUUAUAAAUAGUGCUCUACUUCACCUGAGCAUGGUAGAGAUGAGUAUAUUCUGAAAGGUUGGGAUGUCCUCAUAUAGCACAUUAACAGGGCAACACUGGGUUAAAUGAACCUCUCCAUCACUAUGGUUCCCCAAGAGAUUAUUUCAUGACACCAUGACACAUGUUUGCCUAGAAAUUACAUGCUUUGAAGCAGUUAUCAAGUGAGAUACCUCUAAUUUCUCUGCCCUGUGCCAUGGCUAAUUCACAAAUGAGUUUAUUAAUUUAAAUAUGAAAGCAAGUAAUUCAGAUUUGCUGAGCUUGUUUUUUCCCAGUGUUUAUUCAAUGUCAUUUUUACUGUGUGCAUCCUGCUUUGUGAUAGAUUGCAAAUUAUUCAUGUAGAUCCACCAAGAGAGGAAAUGUGUAUGGUUUUAUACUUAAGAAAAACCUUCUAGCCCUAAAAAAAAAAAAAAAAAAAAAAAGGAGGAUUUUGAUAUGCAGUAUCAUUUUGUUAAUAGUUAAAACAGUGUGGCCAGCAGGAUGAAGGAACUGGUAUCCCUUUUGAACUGGACACUGGGGAGGCUGCACCUUGAAUCUUGUCUUCAGCUAGCAAGAAAGACAUUAAAAUACUGGUGUGUGUCCAGAGGAAGGCAGCAAAGUUGGUGAAGGGUCUGGAGAAUGAGUCUGAAGGGGAGCAGCUGGGGAAGCUGGGGUUGAUGAACCUGGAGAGGAGCCUCGGGGGGGACCCUCUCACUUUCUGUACUACCUGAAAGGGGGUUGUGGUGAAGUGGGGAUCAACCUCUUCUCUCAGGUAACAGGUGACAGGAUGAGACAAAACAGCCUCAGGUUGUGCCAGAGGAGAUUUAGUUUGGGUAUUAGGAGAAAUGCCUUCAUGGGAAGGGUUACCAGGCAUUGGAAAAGGCUGCCCAAGGAAGUGGUUGGGUCGCUGUGCCAUACCUGGAGGCAUUUAAAAGAUGUGUGCUUUGAGACAUGGUCUACUGGUGAACUUCACAGUGCUAGGUUUGCAAUUGGACUUAAUCUCAAGAGUAAUUUCCGAACUCAAUUAUUGUGAUUCUGUGAAAUUCUGGCAUUUUGUUAGUAGGUAAAUAUAUAUCUUAAAUGAGUGCUACAUGCACUGAAUUAUAUGCUUGAUUUUAUAACUGAAAACUGUCCCAUUCUAGUAAAUAUCAAUUUUUCAUAUAUUUAAAACUUAAGAUUUUAGUGAUUUGCCUAAUCAGAGUAUUACACUCUUUAGGUUUUACCAAAGAAGUACUUGAUGAAAGCUAAGAGAUGCAUAAAACCUUUGUCAUUGAGACUUGCGGUGUGCUGAAGUGUGAAAUGGUUUGUGAUGGCACACUGAUCUCAGUGUUUCUUUUGGAAGCUUUUUUGAGUUGUUUCUGCAUAAGAUGAGAAAAGACAACCCCAGAAUAUUCCUGUGACUGAGGAACACAGUGGAUUUUUCAGAGCUAUAUUUGGGUCUGCUCUGAUUUAUUCAAAACAGACCUGGAAAGUAGAUUUGUUUUUUCUUGUUGAUGCCCGUAGUUUCUUUGACAUUGGAACAAGAAAAGCUAAUGGCAACAUUCAAAAUGGAAUACUGUAAAUUGCUACCUUUGCCUGCUCAUUGUUGUGUGUAAUUGAAAGGACUUCAAAUUGAAUCUUGUAUCCUGGAUGGUUUUCAAGACAGGGAGUAAUUUAAAACAACAACAACAAAAAUAUAGCAAGUGAGUAUAUUUAACUCCUGGCUUACCCACUGAAAUAAAGCAAAAUUGUUCAAAGCUUUGCUGAUAAAUUUGUGGUGGGUAAGCAAGUGAGACUCUGGAAGCUCAAUUGAAAUAUUUAGCCCUUGAGAACCAUAAAUUAGAAUUAAUGUCUUAGUUAAAUUGUUGGGCUUUUUUUCUCAUUUUUAAUUCUGAACUUGAAAUUUCACAAACUUGUCAGUGUCUUUGCUUUCCUACUGUAAUUUGGCAUUCUACUGCUUAGAAUGGGCUGUAAAGGUAUAGAAGCCUUAAGGACAUACUGGAGUUUUUAAUGUAAACCUAUUGUAAGAUGAUUUUCAUUAUCUCUUAUCCAAUCUAAUUGCUGUAGCCAGGAGUAACCUUCAGCUUAACUUCUGUUGUGAUGUUGUGUGUGCAGUUCUGAAGGUGGGUGGUCAAUGCCACUGACAAGUUCAGGACUCAGCCCCUGAGUCCAGUGGCCAAGGCUUCUGCUGUGCCAGGUCCAUGUCCUUACACAGAACUAAUUUCAGAGUAAAGGACAGUGUGCUGUCCACAAUCAGGAGAAAAAACCUUUUCUUACAAUACCCAUCCUUCUACCCCCAGUCUGUAUGAACACUGAUCCUCUUCCAUCACAUUCUCUACGCUGCAGGUGCCUUUUGUGCCAGGUUGGAUCCUCAGUAUUUGCACUCCCUGAGCAUCAAGUGAGUGCAGUGAGGGCUGGCAGUGGGUGCUCUCCUUCCUAAGUGUAUUGCCUGCACCUUGAGUGGCAGCUGGAAGCCCAGAAGAGCCAUAUUGCCCAGAAGGCAAUAGUGCACAGAGCUGAAGUGGCAAGUAGCAACCUUGGGAGAACAGCAAAGAAAAUUGAACAUUAAGUAGCAGAGGCUGCUCUGAUCAACUGUGCAUUUGUUAUUUCAUAUGGUGGUGGAAUGCUCACGUAGGGGACUGAGUGAAUCCUGUGGGAAUGUGAGAGGUAAAAUGUUACAGCAGCAUUCCAGCUGUUGCAGCUAUAUUAAUAUGGUUUUUGUGUUUUCAUUUUGAAAUUCAAUACAAGAUCUACCUAAGACAGGGUUCUGAUCUAUCCACUUAUAUUGGGUUUAUGUAUAAGUAAAUAAUGGGAAAACGUUUAAUUAAUGUGCUAAUUAAAAGUAAGAUAAAAUAUUUAACAGCUUGAUAAUGCCUUGUAAAACAAGGGAAUUUUUAAUUACAAAAAAACCCCCAAAAAAUUGUUCUUAAAGAUUGUGAUAUUGUCUCACAGCUCAAAAGAAAGUGAAAUUUCUGUCUUUUCUUUGAUGAACUGUUUGAUUUGGCAUCUUUGGAGAUGUUUACAGGAAAGCCCCAGUUGAAGCCCCAUGCUUUGGUAGUUUGCUUGCUGGGAAAUGUUUUGGUCUGAGGUGCUGUAGUCAGGGAGUGCCUGGUGGCAGCCUGGCCAGCCCAGCUGAGAGGGGCUGCUUGGUGCAAAGCUGAAACUGUUCCCCUGCAUUGCAGAGAUUUUCUUUCGAAAAGGGGUGGGAAUCAUUGCCAUUUAGCAACCAAUGGAAAUUAUGACCUUGCAGCCUGAUAAUGGCUUUUCUGAAAACAGCCAGAAAAUUAUGAAGAUUGAAGCUGUAGGAAAAAAAGAGUGGAAGGAGCAAGGAGACCUCAGAGUCACUGUCAGCACUGGGAUGCAUCUCUGAAGGGACAGUGUUGAUGGCACCGUGGAAACAAAUUGCACUUCUGAGCAGCUUCCAAAAGAAAGCCCAAUGCUUUUCAGUGAAAGGGUUCAGCAGUCAUAUGUUAAUUUUCCAAAGUCUGAUUAAUCCAUUUGUUAAAAAAAAAAAACAACAAACGUUUCAGAACAGAAAUCUAGAAUGUAUGUGAAGAAGACAGAAUGUAUUAUGCCUGUACCAUCCUUUUUCACAUAUUUAGAGUCUAGCUUUUCAAGCACCCAGCAGACAUCUACAAUCCUACAUCUACAAUAGGAACUUACCUGAAAAAAAGACAGUAGGUGAAUUGAUAAAUACAUUUAUGUGGGCUGAUGUUGAAUAUGCAGCAAGUUAUGUGGCAAAGCAGUUAAGUUCUUGUAGAUUAGCUGUUCCAGUGACAGUUAAAUAUCUGUGGAUCAGAAAAAAGUUAUUUUAUUUAAUUGACAGUCAAUACUUGAAACAAGAAUGCCACAGAAAAGUGCAGCUUUACUGACAGUGGAUCUAGAGUAUUGUAGAACAGACUAUAAUGUUAAAAAUUAAUAGGCAGGAUGAGAAAAAUUCUGGAGAAAAGCAGUGGCACAAGUUGCUGUAUGGACAUGCAUCAUACUGGGUGAAUCUGUUUAAGCAAAACCUUCCACUGGGAAUAUACAAGUGGAUUUGCAGGAACAUCCCUAUCAUCAUCAUCAAUGUUGAGCUGCUUAACAUAAAAGUUCUACUACUUCAGCUACUGAUGAUGGAGCAGCUAAAUAACAUGCUGGAGACUUCUGCUGGGAGUGGGGAACAUUAUCUUGGGAUUGUAAGUGGUGACAAAGCACGACUUGAAAACAGACUCAUCUGUGUAAUUAGUAAUCCAGAGAUUCAUUCCCAGUCAGGGAACAUGAUCAGUUAAUUAAAUUGGUUACUGUGGAUUCGAUACUCUUUAGAGGGAGAGUGUCAGGCUUUGCUGUCGCAUGUAGAGUGCAGCUGGGUGUGCUCAUGGAGAUGUCAUACUACACAGGACACAAGGUCAAAAGAUACCUUAUGAAGCAACAGCACACUUCUUAUUGGCUGACGACCCUUAUCCCAAAUUCAGAAGUAAAUGAACUGCUAAAGAAGAAGCACCUUAAAGGUAGUAGCUGCUCAACAGAAUUAAUACAUUUUUGUCACUUUGACUUACAAAGCCCUACAAAGAAGCUCAUUCAGGGUUUCUGUUUAUGCUAAAGGAAAGUUCCUGUAGUCAAGAAAACAAAAAGGAGAAUUGGUGCCCCUCCUUCAUAGGAAUGGGGUGACAGUUGCAUUAAUAUAUGAGAGACACAGCAUAUAUAAAAUUAAUCUUUUUUGGUGUGUGAAUAUAUUUUUAUAAAACUGCAAAGAAGCUUGAUUCAGUAGUCAGAAACAGGUUUAAAACCACUGGAGGUGAGAUACAAUAUAUUUGGAUCUGCUGGGGAGUGUCAUGGCUAGGUGAGCUCAAAUUCGUAUCUAGCAGAUUUGUACUGCACUGAAAAUUCAGCACUGGUUUCAUUCUGAGUGAUUUGCAGCAUUGCUUAGUCUUGAAAUUGAAAUAAGCCAUGCAUGACUGUCUUGAAAAAAUUCCAACCCCAAAGAUAUGUGGGCAUUUGUUAUAAUUCUACAUGUUCCUGUUCUCACCAAGUUUGCCAUGUUGUUUUUAAAGUCCCCAAAUUACUCCAAAUCUGUCACAUUGUUUAACAGUGGUUUAAAUACUUCAGUAAAACUUAGAGAGUGAAUUAAAACUGGUCAUAAAAUACAGACACCAACUUUCCCUGGCCAAUAUAUUCACAAUUUUGUCAAGUAUACUCCCUUCCAAACAAACAUUGGGAAGACAGGGAAACUUCCCAAGUGCUUGUCCACCUGGGUUUUGUAAGUAACAGGAUUGCAUCUCAUUCAUUCUGUUAACAGAAUUAUUUUUAGUGAUUCGUGUGCAUUGAUGCUUUAAGGCUCCUUUUAAGGGUCUAGUUCUGAAUGCUCUGUCCAUGCUUUUCUAUUUGCAACUAAUUGUAUUUCCCUAUAUUGUUCUUCUUAUAGAGCAGUGGCUUUUCAGAAAAACUGCUGCUACUCAUAUUGCAGUGCCUUUACCUGAGGCCAUUGAGGCCAGCAGAGCCCCUGGCCAGGUGCUGAGCUCGGCAGCCCCGGACAGCCCCUGGAGCCAUUCGCUGUUGGCGCUGAUCCCCUCCUGGACCAAGAAGGUGCUGUUCAAACGGGAGUCUGACCUCAGCCGCCUCCCGCCUGAAGAUGUGUCCAAUAUGUCAGUGUCUUCUGAAUUUGGAAUAACCCUUCAGAAAUGUGGCAUGGUGGAUGUUGAACAUGACCCUCAAACUGCAUACAUUACACUUGUGAUUAAUAACACCAACACAUUGCUGUCAACAAACAUCACAGAUCUUAUCAUCAUGGACAACAUCACUGGUCUACAUGUUCAAAAAAACAGUGGGAAUAAGACCACAAAUGGCAUACAGAUUUACAGGAAAAGUUUCUUGCAAGGUGGAGAACACUUUGCAAUCAACUACUCUGCACUUCUUGAUUCAGAAGAAAUGCGGCACGGCAGGGUCCUGACACUGCCUGCGAAGCUAACUUUCAGUUCAUCACAGAAUAAAACACAUCUUGUAUCAUUGACGGCAUCACUUACCAUAACAGAAGAAGAAAAGACCAAGAUUUUAUACAGCCAUGCCAUCAGUGCUUCAGCAUUCUUCAUUGCUUUUUUCGUUUCCCUUGUGUUGACAUGUGUUGUCUUUUUCAUCAUUUACCGAACCCAAAUAUUAAAAUGGAGUUUCUGUUGUAAAAACCAGGAGACAAAACCUGAUCUAAGCCAAAAUCACAAACUGGAGCAUUCUCAAUUUAAUUCAGGUGAUCUCUUUAGUGAAGAUAUAAUUAUGAAUGACCAAAUCAUUGAUAUUCUGUCCUUUGAAGAACCUGGGAACAUGCAUCAAGCUUUAGAAGAUUUGGAGGUUGCCAGCCUGACACGGGCAGAUGCUGAUCUGGAGGCCAGUCGAACACAGAUCUGUAAGGAGGUGAUUGCUAUGAUGUUGAAGAACAUGGUCUUAAAUCACAGCCUUUUUCCUCAUGUGGAGAAGAAGAUAAGUUCAGUUUUCAAAAAGCUGUUUCUUGCAAUGGAGGAGGAGAUUCAAGAGGAGUAUGAAAGGAAGAUGGUGGCUUUAACAGCUGAAUGUAAUCUGGAAACUAGGAAGACAGUGGAGGCUCAGUGCCAGAAAGCACGAGCUGCAAGUGAAGAGGCUGAGGAGUUAAUGAAGAAAAUUAAUGAAAAGCCUGCUAUAGAAUGCAGAAGUCUUCUGGACAAACUUAACAGGCUGGAGCAGGACUGCCUGAAGAGGUUCCUUUUUGUAAAGCAGGAGGAAUAUUUUGCAAAGGCUUAUAGAGAGCUGGCUGUUACCCAAAGAAAGGAGCUCCAUACCAUCUUUUUUACACAAAUAAUAAAUGCCACUUCAAAGGGAGAACUGAAGGUGGAAGCAGCUAAAACAUUAGUUGAAGGUUACUGUAAAGUACAGGGUGACAUUGAAGAGCUAAUGGAUUUUUUGCAAGCUUGCAAGAAAUAUCAUCUGAGUAAAAGGUUUUCUUACAGAGAAUAUCUUAUAAGUAAGAUACAGUCAAGGGAUUCUCGUGUCUCUGCUCUUAUAAAUGCCGCAGCAGCCCAGAUACGGAGUCUCAUUAACGAAACAGAAAGAGCAGGUCAUCUACCUGAAAGUCAUUUGGGAAUUCUGCUGGACCGAGCUGAGGCUGAAAUUAAUUUUGUUAAACAGAAAUUUGAUCAUGAUUUAAAACAAGAAAAGCAGAAGCUUUGCCAGAAACUCAUUACCAAACGAAGGCGGGAAAUGCUGCAAAAGCAGAAAGAGCAUCAGAAGGAGCAGCUGUCACUUGGAGACCCCUUCAAAACUACUGAUGAGAUCUCUCACUACCUGAGACACUGGAAAAAUCUUCUGAGUGACCACACCAUUGAAUUUGAAGAACUUACUGAAAAGCUUGACAAUGAGGCCAGUGAAGAGCUGAAGGAGCUUCUAUUUAGCCUGGCAGAGAAAGCCAUUGAGGAGCUUAAACGUGUUCAGUGUGGAGUGGUUGUGCAAGAGCUGGUCAAGCUCAAUGUGCCAAAAUUGUUCCUACUAGAAGUUGUGGAGGAUCACAAAAAAGAGAUGGUGGUUAAACAUGCACAGCUUGAAAGGGAAGAACAUGACAAGAACAUGGCUGCUGAAGAGCUGCUUCAGCUCACCAGGCAGAAGCUAAGCCAAGAGCUGGAAACUGGCAUCUCAGAACAAAAGAAAAUAAGGAGCUGGGAACAGUCAAUAUUCAUGCAGCUUCUAUGUUUACCCCUCUCACUCUCAGAAGAGGAGUUGCUUAGAAUGAGGCAAGAGUUGCACUGCUGCUUCUCCCAGGUGGACAGCAGCUUGGCUUGGCCCAAGAUAAGAGCAAGAACCUUGCUUCAGGCUUUUGAGGUGGAGCAGAGGGACACUGAGGUGCUGAAAGUCGAGCAGAAUUUAGCAAUGACCAAUGAACAGCAGCAUUCUAAAAUGGGAAAAACAGGAUCCAGGAAUAAACAUAAGUUAGAUAUUCUGAAGAAAUCUUUACAGGACAAAAUUUUAAUUUAUGAAGACUCAGUGAAAGGUGAAAAUUUGAACAGGAUAAAGUAUGAAUUGCAGCUUGAGAAAGAAUGUCACCUGCGCAAUCUGGAAAAUAAACUUGGAGAGUAUAGUGCUUCUUUAGCCUUUCAAAAGACUAUUAAAAAAUCCAAAAUGCUGGAGCUGUAUACUGCUAUCAUAAAUGUGCAAGCUUUGCUCUUUGAACAACUGAACACAUCAAAAACCCUGUCAAAGCUGGAAUGUAUUCAAAUUUUAGAAGCGCAUAAUCCUGAGAUUGAAGAACUUGAAAAGAAGCUGGAGUAUGAGAUGUUGCAUAAGGAGUCAGUGCAGCAGCAUCUAAUGAGUAGGCAGAGGUGGAUUCUGGAUGGUUUUGGACUCUCAAAUGAAGCUGUGGACACGAAUGCAGAAAGACAUGUGACAGUUCUGUUAAGACAGGCCAUGAAUAAAUGUAAACAAUUUAUAAACCUGUACCAGCAAUGCUUGAGAGAUGAGCAAUGGAAUUGCGUGGUGCUCGAAGAUCUCCUGGAAAAUAUAGAAACGAAUGCGUUUUUGGCAAUUUAUAGUCAGGAGCUCCGUCUGGCAGGUUAUUUAGCUAAACUGACGAGGGUGCCAGUGGGGGUGUUACACAGGGUCCUGAACUUGCUGCUGCCCUCCAGCCCACAAAGUGAGGUUCUUUCUGUCCUUGAUUCCAUCAGUAAAUAUUCAGAUGGUGCUGUUGAAAGUGAAAGUAAUGCAGAUGAGUCUGGCAGCUGUAAGAAAAGGAAGAGCCAAGAGUUGUGGCAAGCACUGGAGAACAAAAUAAGGCAAGAUCUGAUAAACAGAAGUUUAGAAAAGAUCCCUUCUCUAAACAAGAGAAAAGACAGUUUGAUAAAGAAGAAGCAACUUGCUGUCUUGGAAAAAGCAGCGUUCAUUCAUCUGGGAUGUUCACCUGCACACCCUCCUGUGGAACAACCUGAUCCAUAUGAUCCACCAGUUUCUCUGAGCUCUGCAGCUGCUGAAGCCAUAGAGCUCUUGGACACAGGGGAGAAGAUACUUCUGUUCCGUGAACCAAGUGAUCCAAAACUUGCUUUGCAUAGUUUUCCAAGGAAAAAGAAGAAGAACUUUCUUAAUUCUAAAAAGGCUACUCGUGCAAACGUGGACUCACAAGAGCAACUUCCAUUUAGAGUAUCACUUAGGGAAGAGGAAGUUAUUUCAAAUUCAGUAAAAUGAUGAAGAAGAAUGAAGUGUACAGUUCAAAUAACAUAUGUGUUGUUUUAAUCUGAUUUGUCUGAUAUUGGAAAUAGAUGUAAUUUUAGAAUGGCACAGUUGGUGAUGUGCAUCUUGCAUUUUUUAAUUCCUGUCAGUGCUUUGUUGUACUAGGUAAAUAUGGAUUUUCCAUGAUGCACAUUAUGGCAGGCAGGACUCUGUGUUCCUUCACUACAUUUUGGUCAUUUUUGCACUGAUUUUACCAUAGUUGUAUUUUCAUAAUUUAUACAGGAAGGUUAUUUAUUGUAUAUAGUAGGUACUGAUUUACUAUUUUUUUAUUUAUAUUUUUGUGGUAAGCUGCAGUAUAGCAGAUGACAAGAAGAGAUGUGGUAGAAGAACCACAUGUCCUCUGUUCUCUGAUUUUAUAUUAUUCUAGUUAAUUUACUGUUUAACACUGUGUUCCUAAUAGGCUUUGCAUGUUACUUCUGCAGUCUGUGUUCUGCAAUGACAGCUGGUAGUCCAGAUCUUUAGCAUAUACUGUGUACUGAGCCUUUCAUCCUGGAGUAACUUCAGCAUUUCUCUGUUUCUAAACUUGCUUCUGUUGAACUGUGGCUGUGGCUACAUUUCCAAACUGUUACAUAUUUACAACCUGUUGCAGUCUUUUCCUUGGUGAAGCAAUGUCAUCACAUUUGCUCAGUAGAAAAGUGAAAAAUGUAAAUGGGCAUGUAAUGCCUUCACGAGCUCUUUUGAUUGCAGUGCUGCCAAUUUUUGCAAAUUUAGAUAUUUUUAAAGUUCUUAUUCCUGAAUUUCUCUAAGUUGAUAAGAAUAUAAUUUUAUACUUCAGAAAGAGUUAAUUUUUAAACCUGUCUGGUUGACUUGAAGAGUCCAAUAAACAUGAAUCCCAAAAAGAGGAACAGGAAAAGCUAAUUAAAAUAACCACAUGUAAUUAUUAAUAUCUUGUAUUAUUCAAGCCUGUUUUGAAGGUGUUGUAACUGUAUUUGAAUGCUGUGCUCUGACACCACUGUGAUCACAUCUUUUCUAUUUUUUCUUGUACAGAUCUUCAGUGCCUUUUUAUUAAUAGGGUGCCAUAUUAUUUGAAAAUUAAAAUGUUAUACAUGUA